AAGUCAACCCUGUGACCUGCUCUAACUUUGACAAUAGUGAUCCGACUUUCCAGAACUGUCAAAAGCAGUUAAAUGUGAGCAGUUCUCAGGACAACAGCAGACAGAUCUGCACCCAUUUCGCAAAGCUGUCCCGCAGCUGUGGAGAGGGAAACACUGUUCUGUCCCUGAAGGAAAUCGGGAACUCUUACUGUUUUCUCACAAACUUCACUUCCCAAUUACCCAUUGGAAAUCACAAAGAGAAAGCAAGGCUAGUGACAGUGUACAUGCAGACUAUGGAGAAGGCUGUCCUUGCAGCUGCAUCCAGAAAUAUGAAAGAAACAGAGACGGUGGAAGGGCCUUUUAUGGCCAUUGAAACACUAAGGGUUACGAACUGCAGGCUGAAUAAGACAUUCAGGUUGAAGGCAGAAAAGCAGACCAUGGAUAUUCACUGCACCACCAUUGAGAAGGAAAGCUUGGGAGGUGCUGUCGCAUUUAUAUCUUAUGCUUCUAUUGGUCCCAUCAUCGACGAGAGCUUUGUGUCUGAGGAAAACCUAAUGACAAAGGAAAAGUUGCAUAAUUUCUACCUGAACUCCAAGGUGGUGAGUGGUACAAUGGGAUCCAGAGAGAACACCUCGCUGUCCAUGUCCAUUAAUUUCACGUUUCAGCAUGAAAAG